UUUUUAUUUUUUUUCUUCUUAAAUGUUAAUUUUGGUUGACACACGAACUAUUUUGAAUUAACCGUUAAAAAAUCGACCUUAAAAAUUAUAAUAUGCAAGGUCAAAAACCUAAUGGCAAUCAGGUUAAAGGUUUAUUACAUGUUUUUUUAGCAUUCAGACAAAUAACUUAUAAGCUGCACGUUAAGUUCCUAUGAUCCUUGAUUUUGUCUCACUGUACGCAGACGACCUAUUAGAUUUCUUUUUCACUGUUUUGAAAAUUUUUAUUGACAACGUGCUGAAAUAUUUCCUGAACAAAAAUCUAUUCUACAAUUAUGAAAAAGAUUUUAGUUUUUAAAUGUAAAACAAGAGCCUUGAUGGCUCAAUGGUUAAGGCACUGAACUGUCAUUGUGAAGAACUGAGUUUCGAUCAAUAAUGGCGACUCGAAGCCCAUGAAGCUUCAUAUCAAUGAAUCUUAGCUAUAUUGGGAAGUGAAGGUGGACUGUGAGCAAUGCUGACCACAUUACCACAAUCAUGCCGUUGGUCACGAGCUGUUGUGAUAAAAGCUUUAACUUUUUUUAAAAUAUGAAACGACAUAAAUUUAUUUAAAUUAGGUAAAUUCUUGUUAUUUAAAUAAUUUGAAAAAUGUAAGGUUGCUUUAAGUAUGCUCUGAAAAUCUGACUCUUUUUUCAAAAUUGUAGCAGUGCAAUGUUUAUCGUAUUCAAUUAGAUUCAGAUUCUGAAAUCAAAAUUUACUUAUAAAUAAAUUUAGAUAUAAUCAAAAUUCUUAGUUGAUAAAAAAAAAACUAUUUUCAUCAAUGGAUAAAGAUUUUAAGAUUAGCAGUCCGUGUAAUGUUUGUUUAUGCUGCAGCGUUUCAAAAAACAUUUGCAGCGAAUUCUCAUGUCGGCCAGAGACAGAAGUAGAUAAACAACGUUACAGAAUUCCCGUGGCUAAAUUACAUUUCCACCAUUUCAAAAAUACAGAUACAAAUUGUCCGAAUGGCGCAACCUCCAAAUGUGUUUGUCCUGACAGUGCGCCAAGGUACUCUGGAUAUCUUUGUGAAAAGAAUGACCGAAUGAUUCGAAAACAGUUCCGCUGUCCUGUGCGAGCUUAUCCUCUCAGUUGCAGUGAAUCAGGAUCACCUUGCAUGAAAUGUUGUAACUGUCCCCCAUGCAGACCCAUAAAAAGGGAAGUGAAAAAACCUCGCAAAUAUGGGGAUUACGGUACAGAGGGUUACUUAUGCACUCAAGUGUGUGGUGAAUAUAUGGGUAAAAAGAAAAGUAAAGUUCUUGACAGUUCCAAACCUUAUUACUCAUCUUGUUUUCGAGGAAGUUCACGCGAUAAUGGAAAAAAAUUAGAAAGAGAGAUCGAAUCUUCUUGUUGUGAAUUUGAUGGGGAUGAUGAAUUCAGAAAAGGAGGUGUGAUUCCGAGUUACAUGGGACAUGUUCCUGGGCUGCACUUUACUUUUGGCUCAUGUUAUGGCUUAACAGCAAAUAGAUUAUUAGCUCGUCACUUUAAUGAAAUGGAAUCAAGAGACUGUUGAUUUUAAUUAACAUAACAAUUGUUUCCUUAUUUCGUUUGCAAUAAAGAACUUCUUAGUUUAAAUUCUUUUUCAUUCAAAAACUCACUUUCAUAAAUAAAAUAGUUAUAAGAAAUCAACAUUUAAAUUUUAAUGAAAAAAUUCUUGGUAUUUGCAAUUGAAGUUACAAAUUUCCAAGAAAUUAGUUUUUAUGUUUAUCCAUAACGAUAUGUUUAUCCAUAAGGUUUAUCUAUGUUUAUUCACGUGUAAUGUUUUUCUAUAAGAAUAUGUUUAUCCAUUAUGUUAGUCAUGUUUCCUAAUGCAUAAAAAUACCGAAAGA